CUGAACAGCUGUCAGGGAAUUAUACGUGACAGAGAUCAGGAUAUCAUUGGUGAAAAACCGAAGUGCAUAACAGAGCACCCAGGUUUUCACUCUGUUGUUCUGAAUAGGGAUGUGCUGGAAACGGCUUACUAUGUAUAUUGA